UUCUCUAUCUCUCUCUCUCUUUCUGUCUCUCUGCAGUCAGUCCUUUGUAUAAGUUGUCGAGGGGCUUGUAUAGUAGGGUGCUGUAGGAGGACGGGUUUGUGUGUCUGAUUUACAGUUCGAGAACAAGAGCACUGGGUUGUUGUUUUUUUUUUGCAGAUCGAGACCUAUAAAGUGUUGUCCCUACUUUUCUCCCUGUCUUUCUGUUUUGUGAGGCUUAGAGUAAAAAGAAGAAGAAGAGCCUAAUGACUAAUACCAGCAGUGAUCAUCUAGAUUUCUUCAUCUGACGCUGUUUUAUUUUAUUCUUCUUUAAACAAUUCUAAUCGUGUUCCUCUUGAGAGCGCAUGGGGAUUUGACCGAAUGGGAUGGUUUUAGUGACGUUGUUGCGUUCUAUCCCUGGCCACUGGCGAAGUGCGCGUGAGAGAUCCAGCUGCAUUACAUCAGUGCGCGCCGCAGGAACGGAGUGCGGGUUUGUUCGGCUGGGAAGGUUGUGGGAUCUGAACAGGUCCCGGUGAAUGGUUGUUGGGACGCGUUCUUCAUGGCACGCCACUGUGACAGCGCGCCACUACGCGUCGUGUAAACUCGCACCGUGCAGCGAUAGUCUACAGGUUCAGACGUCUCGAUGGCUCAGACAGCAUCCCCCGAUCCUCUGGACGUGGCCAUAGACCCGGACUUUGAGCCUCAGAAGCGGCCGAGGUCAUGCACUUGGCCCCUGCCGGAGUCCAGCUUGGCGAAACCAGAACCCAAUGAUACGUACAUCAUCCCGGAGGAAGAGGAUGAUGAGGAGGAGAGUGCGAUGGUUGUGAGCGUGAACGGACACGACGGCAGGCCCGAUGGGCUGAGCUCGAGUGGAGAUCAGGAUCAGGAUCAGGCAGGUUCGCAGCCCCAGGUUGAGACUAAAGCGCGCGCUGCUGAGCCGAAUGGACAGGCGGUGCAGCAGCAGCAGCAACAGCAGCAACAAACCCCACGCAAGUCCUCAUCUCGCAGGAACGCCUGGGGUAACCUGUCCUACGCAGAUCUUAUCACAAAAGCCAUAGAGAGCACACAGGACAAAAGACUGACUCUGUCCCAGAUCUAUGACUGGAUGGUCAGAAAUGUCCCCUACUUCAAAGACAAAGGAGACAGCAACAGUUCCGCAGGCUGGAAGAAUUCCAUCCGGCACAACUUGUCUCUGCACAGCCGCUUUGUCCGUGUCCAAAAUGAGGGAACUGGAAAGAGCUCUUGGUGGAUGAUAAAUCCUGAAGGGGGGAGGGGAGGCAAAGCACCACGUCGUCGUGCAGUCUCCAUGGACAAUGGAAACAAGUACACCAAGGGUGCACGAGGACGUGCAGCUAAAAAGAAGGCAGCAUUACAGGCUGCCCAGGAGGGAUCGCUCGAGAAUGUGUCUGCUGGGGGUCUGUCCAAGUGGCCAGGUAGUCCUACAUCACGCAGCAGUGAUGAACUGGAUUCCUGCUGGACUGACUUUCGUUCACGAACAAACUCCAAUGCUAGCACAAUAAGUGGCCGUCUGUCACCUAUCCUAGCCAAUCCAGAGUUGGAUGAGGUUCCAGAUGAUGAGUUGGGCCCACCCCUCUCCCCAAUGCUGUAUUCAAGUUCCAGCAGCCUUUCUCCUCCCUCUUCAUCCUCAUCAAACUCCAAACAAUGCCCAGCUGAGCUUCCACGACUAGGCACAAUGAAUCUCAAUGAUGGGCUAACUGACAACAUUAUGGAUGACCUGUUGGAAAAUAUAACACUUGCACCAUCAACACAGGCAGGUCAGGAUGGCUCCACCUUCACUUUUGGGAGCACCACUUCCUCUCCAGGCUCCUCCUCUUCCUCAUCAAAUUGUGCUAGUAGUAGUGGAGGGUUUGGUAACUCCAUUUAUGGUCCCUCCACUGCAGCAUUACGCCAGAAACCCAUGCAGACCAUCCAAGAGAACAAGCAAGCAUCUUUCUCAAGCAUUUCUCAUUUUGGGAACACCACCCUUCAGGAGCUGCUAAACUCUGACGCGCUAGGCUCCCACAGCCACAGUGAUGUCAUGAUGACACAGUCUGACCCACUCAUAUCACAAACCAGUGCAGCCGUUGCUUCUCAGACUUCCCGUCUUCGCAAUGGCCUCAUGCACCCCAAAGACCCUAUGAUGUCAUCAUUCAGUUCUGGGUUUAAAGGUCAGAGCAGCCUUCUCCAGAACAACCGACAUCAUCAGGGCUCCAAUGCCCAGGGAUCACUGCACUCGCUCCCCAAAAAUGGUCACCCAAGCCUGGCCAAUGAGAUUAAUAAUGUUGUGUCCGCCAAGCAGCAUCUCCAACAGCAGUCCUCCAUGUUGCUGAGUGAGGCUUCUGUUUACUCUGGGUUGAAUGGCAGUAAUGGUGUAGGGAUUUCAGGAACAGAACGCUUUCCCGCAGACUUGGAUUUGGACAUAUUCAACGGGAGUCUUGACUGUGAUGUGGAUUCUAUAAUCCGCUCAGACCUAAUGGAUGCUGAUGGUCUAGACUUUAACUUUGAUGCUUUGGUGCAAAAUGGCGUCACCCUGAACCCUGUUGGCAGCUUCAAUGGGACAACACAGUCCAGUCAAAGCUGGGUGCCUGGCUGAAAGUGGUUCCAAAGGUUCAAAACUGCAUUGCAAAAAAAAAAAAAAUCGAUAAAUUUCCAUCCAUCACAGACUCAUGCCAUCCAUUGCCAAGCCUGCCGCCAGCACCAAGCACUGGAACCUAUGCCUGUUUACAGUCUACAGCUCUGGAGAAUCUUACCUUCAGGGCAGGAAACACACCAUCCUGAAUGAAUGGAAUGACUGCACACAGGAAUCCCAACCAGCUCCCUUAUGGACAAACAAGAAUAUUUAAAUUCAAAUUAAUUGACCCCUAUAAAAAAAAAAAUAAUAAUAAUCAGGAAUCAAAACAAUGCCUAGCUCCAAAAUCAAAUUGGACAAAUAAAUAUAAUGAACUAGAGAACAGAUUUGAUUUGGGUAUUUAAACCAUUUUCAUGGGCUAUGGAAAGGAUUUUCUAUGACUGCCUUAUGGUUUAUUGUUAAAUCUCUUCAAAUCUUCAAGUACUUACACUUUAAUCAUUAAUCAAACUGAGAAUGACAUUUAAGCGGACAAAGUUCACAGGAGUCUAUCUAUAGUACCCACUGCAAAUUUCAGUAGUAACACUCAGAUCAAGUUAUGUUUUGACUUGGUGCACUUUGAAACUGCCUACAGUUUCAGUUUUGAUAGCAGCAUAAUCAGUUUCUAAUUUGAAGUAGUAGCCUAAUAUCAGAACUGAAGUAAAACCUUAUUGUAGCACAAUAUAAUAAGAGAAAUUACUUACUGUUUGUUUGUAAUGUAUGUAACUAUUAAAAAAAAUAAGAAAGAAAAAGUAAUGAGUUCUAGCUCAUUUGUAAAUGCAUUUAAGUGAGAGCUUAGCUGGUGGAAGAAUACAGAAUACUCUUUAGAUAAUAGGAAUGCAACGUCGGGGCUAUGGCAUCUCUGCGUAGCCAAAUUAAUGGCUUAAUAAAAUGUUCUUGCAUUGUGAACAUUUGCAUGCCAUACUGGGUGCUAAAUAAUAAUCAGUGUUGGGCCCUGUUCUUUAUGGAGGCCGUGUGUGUUCCCAAGGCUUGAAGGACAGAGCAUAAACAAUUAGCAUAGCUUAUGGCAGCAUUCAGUGGUGGUAGGCUUUCCCUGUGGAAGCCAUCUUUACUGAGCAAAAAUAAUAAGCUAUCAUUUGUAUAUUUGCCAAAUUACUUGAACAUGUUGGAGAUGCUGGUAGCCAAAAUCAAGAGGAAAAAAAAAUCUAGAUAGUUGAAUUUAGAGACUUCCUGUCUCUAUAUGCAAACUACAUCAUCGUGGCUCAGGGUUGAACGGGGUUACCAUUAAAAAAAAAAACACACAUUCAGGUCCCCAUUUAGUUUUAACAGCAACCUGGUUGUAUAAAAUUUCUUGACAAUAACACAUGUUAAGGGAAUGUGUACAUUUAUACAUAAGCAAACUUCUAAAAACCGGAAGCAACAAAAGAAUUUGUUGUUGCUUCUGCGGGAGGGGUUUGGGGUGGGGUUGUUUUGUCUCAGCAUCGAGAUUUUGUUUUGGAAAGCUCAGCUUUUAUUACAAUAGUGAAAAGAAAAAAAAAGAUUGAAUCCCCAGUGUUCUAUGUUGUCUCCCUCCACUAUGCAUGUAUGUAACUGUGCAUAUGCAUUGUGUGAAAUGUGUAAACCAUCAUGCUUAAAGUCAUGUAAUAUUGUGAUGGCACAGUACCAGUUCUUUUUUUAAAUAUGAAGUAUUGAAAAUGAUGUGGGGAUAUUUGUCAGAGGGGUUUGGACCACUCACGGGAGUGGAGAUGAGUUAAGAUUAUAAAAUACCCAAACAUGUCCUUAGUUUAAAAGACAGACUAGCCUCCAAGUCCCAAGUACACAAACUAAAGGUGCUGUGUAGGUGUUGUGAAAAUGAAAAACUGUCGUCUUUCUCAUGCAUUCUUAUUUUUACACACAGACGAUCCCUAAGAGCAUUUUUCUAACUCAUAUAAUGGGCCUCAUUUAUCAAUCUUUCAUUAAAGAUGUGUGUAAAUCAUUUCAGAAGGCCACACAAUUUAAAAUUCCUGCCACAUUUACAAAAAGUUCCCGUCAGGCUGAUUUCCUUCAUACUCACAAGCAUACUAUGUUGAUAAAUACCAGUCAUGGUCACAGCCGAUUUUCAUUUAGUGACACCCACAAAACUCCAUAAUAGGGAAAUUGCACAGAGAGGCCAAAGAAAAGGAAUUUUUCCAAAGUAGUAGAAGUGGAAUUCACAUUGACACCAAUACAACAGAAUGUUCACCAGCAUAAGAGCACCUGAAAAGACCAAAAUAUGGAGACAAAUUACAGGAAAAUUUAAUUUGGUGUGAAUUAAUUCAGGUAAAAAGAAAAUGGCUUGACAUGAGAACAUAGGAAAAAAAAUCUACACUGUCUUGUAGAUAUCUGACUGGCACCAAUGCAGCCUCUUAGAAAUGGGAUACUGUCUUAGAAAUGCAUGAGGAAAUGUGUUGUAAGGAAACCUGAUGAAUUCAAGAAGAAACCAAUGACGGCACACAGCACACUAGGGAAUCUACAGCUCAUUGAAGGUUGAGAAAUACCAGCUCGGUCACUUCUCUUUGAAAUGUACCAGGAGCAAGAAAUCCAAGCACUGACAAAACUCGGGCAGGAAUGGCACAAGGCUGUUUUGUUGGUGGAAUUAGUCCAUCCAUUAUCCGUAACCGCUUAUCCUGUGCAGGGUCGCAGGCAAGCUGGACCCUAUCCCAGCUGACUAUGGGCGAGAAGCUGGGUACACCCUGGACAAGUCGCCAAAUCAUCGCAGGGCUGACACAAUUCACACACACACUCACACCUACGGUCAAUUCAGAGUCACCAAUUAGCCUAACCUGCAUGUCUUUGGACUGUGGGGUAAACCGGAGCACCCAGAGGAAACCCAUGCAGACACGCAGAAAACAUGCAAACUCCACACAGAAACAUGCAAACUUCACUCUUCCUCUUAACUCUUCCAGUGUCCUAAUGCCAGCUGAGUCAUUGCAACUGGUUGGCUUACAUCUUCCAUAUGCUAUGGUAUUAAUUUAUGGAUUUGGGUUUGAGUUGCCGGCACGGUGGUGUAGUGGUUAGCACUGUCACCUCACAGCAAGAAGGUCCGGGUUCGAGCCCAGCGGCCAACAAGGGCCUUUCUGUGUGGAGUUUGCAUGCUGUCCCCGUGUCUGUGUGGGAUUCCUCUGGGUGCUCCGGUUUCCCCCACAGUCCAAAGACAUGCAGGUUAGGUUAAUUGGUGGCUCUAACUUGACCAUAGGUGUGAGCGUGAAUGGUUGUCUGUGUCUGUGUCAGCCCUGUGAUGACCUGGCGACUUGUCCAGGGUGUACCCCGCCUUUCGCCCGUAGUCAGCUGGGAUAGGCUGCAGCUUGCCUGCGACCCUGUAGGACAGGAUAAGCGGCUACAGAUAAUGGAUGGUUGGAUGGAGGGUUUGAAUUGCCCUUUUUUUCCAACUAAAUCCAUGCAAUUGAAAUUAAAAAAGCUAUUUAAACCUGACAGCGUAAUCUAUACAUCCAACACCCUGCAGUGACUCGCUUGAUAAAUGAGACCCAUUGUUGAGAAAAUCACACAUAAAAACACCAUGCUUAACAUUCAGGAUAUGGAAUUAAAAAAAAAAAAUUAUUGGCCCUUGCUCACAGAGCAACCUUGCAUGUGGCUCUUGUUCUUAUUAUUAUUAUUAUUUGUGAGAAGGGAGGGAACUGAGUUAUAGACCACCUCAAUAUUUUCCAUGGGAAUGAUAGCUAUCCUAUUUCUGCCAUUUCUGUAAUAUCCUCCCAAGUCAAAGGUGUAAUACACUAUGUCCAUGCUGAGAAUCAGAAAUGAGUACCACUAUUCUAACCUCUUCCUGACUUUAUCCCCUUUUCAUGUUUCCCACCUAUUAUCUUUGCCCUUUGACCCCUUGAUCCUGUAAUAAUAACUUCUCUUCUUCUUGAUGUUAAUGGGUAUUUUUUCCUGUGUACUCCAUUUUGAACUGCAAUCUAGUUUGUAUAAAAAUGGUGCGCAUGUAAAUAAAGCUUGAUUGAGCUGUA